CGUUCCUCUGCAACGAUGUCCUACAGCAUUGAUAACUGGAUAUCCAACUUUAAAUAAAUGCGGAUCUGCAUCUCCGGUGAGGAUACGUGACCGAUGGAUUCCAGAAGCCAAGAGAACGUGACGCAGGAGGAGCUCCUGCAGUCAGAGGCUGACUCCUCCGAGUGCUGCCCCAUGGCCUCGACCCCGAACGACAACUCCCUCCUGGGGCUGGGGGACAGCACCAAGCUGAUCGGGGUCCAGGUGGUUCUCAUACUCGCGUACAGCACCAUCAUUUUGCUCGGUGUCAUCGGGAACUCGCUGGUGAUCUACGUCGUGUGCAAGUUCAAAACGCUCCGCACGGUCACCAACUUCUUCAUCGCCAACCUGGCAGUGGCAGACCUGCUGGUGAACACCCUGUGCUUGCCUUUCACCCUGAUCUACACCCUGGUCGGGGAGUGGAAGUUCGGGCAGGUCCUGUGCUUCCUGCUCCCCUACGCCCAGGGCCUGGCCGUGCACGUUUCCACGGUGACGCUGAACGUCAUCGCCCUGGACCGGCACAGGUGCAUCGUCUACCACCUGGAGACCCGGAUGACCAAGGACAUGUGCUUCGUGGUCAUCGGCAUCACGUGGACCAUCAGCGCCGUGCUGGCCAGCCCGCUGGCCAUCUUCCGGGAGUACGGGACCUUCGACUUCUCGCCCGAGCAGUCCAUCCAGGUGUGCACGGAGAAGUGGCCCGGGAGCAGCCGGGACGGCACGGUCUACAGCAUCUCCAUGCUCCUCCUCCAGUACGUCCUGCCCCUGUCCAUCAUCUCCUUCGCCUACGUCCGGAUCUGGAGCAAGCUGAAGAACCACGUCAGCCCUGGAGGGCGGAGCGACCGCCACCACCGCCGGCGGAAGACCACCAAGAUGCUGGUGACCGUGGUGGUGGUGUUCGCCGUCAGCUGGCUGCCCUUCCACGCCUUCCAGCUGGCCAUCGACAUCGACAGCAGCGUGCUGGACAUGAAGGACUUCAAGCUGCUCUACACCGUGUUCCACGUCAUCGCCAUGUGCUCCACCUUCGCCAACCCCAUCCUCUACGGCUGGAUGAACAAGAACUACAGGACCGCCUUCUUGGCCGUGUUCAAGUGCGAACAGAGGCUGGACUGUGUCCACCCCGAGUCUCGCCUGAGAGUCCAGAACAAAAAAACAAUGGAGGCGGGAGAUGGCAUCAGUCCCCACCUGAAUGCCACAGACGUCUAA